AUGAGUGCACCUCCAAAACCAUCAUCAAAGAAUCCAGGAGGUCCUCUCCCUCCAGCAGGUACUGCUGCUCCAGGACAGUAUCCACCAGCUGCUGGAGGACAACAGCAAUACCCACCUCAACCAUACCAAGGUGCUCCUCUUCCCGGUCAAUACCCUCCACCAGGACAACAAUACCAAUACCCACCUCCAUUACAACAACAACAACAAGGUGUACAACAAUACCCACCUCAACCAUACCAAGGUGCUCCUCCUCCCGGUCAAUACCCUCCACCAGGACAACAAUACCAAUACCCACCUCCAUUACAACAACAACAACAACAACUAUACCCACCACAACCACAAGGUCAAUACCUACCUCCAGGACAGCAACCACAACAAGGAGUAGGACAAUAUCAACCACCUCCACCAGAUGGUCAAGGAUUCCCUGUUUCAACGGCCAAACCAGGUGUGCCAACUGUAUUAUCUCUCGUGUGUUGCAUUUACAAUGUUAAUCUAUAUUUAAUUGCUAUAAAAGAAAUAGAGAAUUAUGAUGAUGAUGAUGAUCAUGGUGAUGGUGAUGUUGACAAUGACAAAGACGAGAUACACUAUAUAAAAGCAGAUUUGAAUAGACUAAGAGUUGAUACAAAAGAUAUUAGAACACCAAAAGGAAAAGGAAAAAGAGCCAAAGAAUAA